AUUUGAACAUUAUUUCAUCAGCGGAAAGUUUAGAUAGGAAGCGCUCGUUCGAGAUCGUAGUUUGUCUAGUAAAUUUCUUAUCCUGACAGUAUCUUGUUCACUACUGUUUGCUGUUCACAACUGAUCUUCUCACUUUGAUUUUGGAGUGUCAUUUUUGGUUUGUUGUCCUUUUAACGAGAGUACGAAUCUCAGAGAUCCUCUAGAACUAGUCAGAGCAGAAGCUGAACAACAGUGAGGAAGAAUGUCCAAAAUCCAAGCCGUCAAUGUUUUUUCGACCAGCGCGACUACGGACAACAUCAGCCGUCAUGAUAUGCUGAACUGGGUUAACGACUGUUUGCAGAGCAACUAUCAGAAAAUCGAGGAUUUGUGUAACGGCGCAGCGUACUGCCAACUCAUGCAUAUGCUGUUUCCAAGUUGUGUGCAACUGAAGAAAGUCAAGUUCAACACCCGUCUCGAGCAUGAAUAUGUUGGUAACUUCAAGAUUUUGCAAGCGGCAUUCAAAAGUGUUAAUAUUGAUAAGACUGUACCAGUGGACAAACUGGUUAAAGGGCGCUUCCAAGACAACUUUGAGUUUGUGCAAUGGUUUAAGAAGUUUUUCGAUGCUAACUCGGCCGACUGUAACGUUCAGGAAUACGACCCGAUGGAGGCACGCAGCGGAGAGCCGUUGGGUGGACCGAACACGUCGCCAUCGGUCAGUAAACCUUCUGGUCUGGGUAAAGCGACCCAGCCUCCCAAAGUAAUGCCGGUUCCUUUGCUAAAACGAGCUGAACCUGCAGCACGGCCUAACACUGCGUCGUCUACGCUGAACUCAUCUCGCAGCGGCAAGGCCUCAUUGCCGGCGACCACCACAGCAGCUCCUAAGACGGCGCGUGGUAGUGCCCCGGUCAAAACAAGUUCUAAGACAGACGUAGCCUCAGCUGCUCCCGCUGCAACUGCACCGGCCACCAAUGGAUCUCGUAAUGCCCACGAAACGUCCAGUAAUACCAUAUCAGUAGAGGCGAUGCAUGAUGUGUUGGUCCAUCAACUGGAAACGAUGCAAGCUGAACUCGCAGACACGAAAGUGGCUUUGGAGAACACCACACAGGAGCGGGACUUUUAUUAUUCGAAACUGCGCGAUAUCGAGAUUCUUUGCGUGGAGGCACAAAAGGAGAGUGCGGCUGUGGAGGGAGAUAAAAUUCUUCAGAUUAUGUAUGCCCCGGAGGCUGGUGUGCCGGAUGAUGGGGAAAACGGAGAGAAUGUCAGCGAAACGCUUCACCCUGAUAAUCAUGCCCAAGGUGACCAUUUGGGAUUACCGGAUCAUGGAGCCCCCGCGCUUCCUGCGGAUGACGAAGAGGAGGAAUAUUAAUCGCCAUCCCAUCGCUAUUUGAAAACAUUCGUCAUGCUAUUCAUCUUUCACGUCAAGUUUCCUGAUUUGUAGGAAUAGUCAACUGGUUGACUUCGACAUCUCCGUAGAUGUGUGUAAUUUUUUCGAUGUUUCAAUUUGCGAAAUUACGGUUGGUCGUCAGUUAUUAUUGUUCUUCCUCAUGGCUUUCGCCGAUAGUUGUGUCGUAGUUUUUCCAGUACGAAGAUUUUGUCUGUCGUACUAAUUGUAUGAGGAAUCUCUUUUUUACUAUUUAAUAUUUAUGCUGUUAACAUGGUGCGAAUGUUCGUACGCUUGCAUGUGGUGUGUAGUGUGUACCUCAAGUGAACUGUUGACAAUGAAGUUCGGAACCACAUCCUUUUA